UCGCUGCUUUCCGGGCUGGUGUUGUCUCUGGAGAAUUGAGCUGCUGCUUGGGAACGCCAGCCCAGCUUUCGCAUUGCGCAAUUGGCACUCCGUACCCCAGUCCUACUCGAUAUCAAGGCCGUAACAAAGGAGAGAUUGCGAGCGACCCGUUCUUCCUCUCUCCCUUCCAGAUCCAUCAAAUCAUUUCAUACACAAUGGCCUCCAGGCUCUUUCAACCCCUCCAGAUCGGCAAGGCCAAAUUGUCGAAUCGUCUAGCUAUGGCACCUCUGACUCGUUUCCGCGCCGACGACGACCACGUUCAACUUCCUUUUGUCAAGGACUAUUACUCCCAGCGCGCUUGUGUUCCAGGAACCCUUCUGAUUACUGAGGCCACUCCUAUCUCUGCUCGCGCUGGUGGCUACAACAACGUUCCUGGCAUUUACACCGACGCCCAGAUCAAGGCCUGGAAGGAGAUCGUCGACUCCGUCCACGCCAAGGGUGGUGUUAUCUACAUGCAACUUUGGGCCCUCGGCCGUGCUGCCGACCCUACUGUCCUUAAGAACGAUGGCUACGACUUCUGCUCCUCGUCUGACAUUCCCAUGAGCGACAACUCGCCCAAGCCUCGUCCUCUUACCGAGGAGGAAAUCCAAAUCUUCAUCAGGGAUUACGCCAACGCUGCUAAGAACGCUGUUGAGGGUGCUGGUUUCGAUGGAGUAGAAAUUCACGGUGCAAACGGCUAUCUGAUUGAUCAAUUCACUCAGGACGUGUGCAACAAGCGUACUGACAAGUGGGGUGGCAGCAUUGAGAACCGCACUCGCUUCGCUCUUGAGGUCACUAAGGCUGUCGUGGACGCUGUCGGUGCCGACAAGACUGGUAUUAGAUUGUCUCCUUGGUCUCCGUUCCAGAGCAUGAAGAUGGAUGACCCCAUUCCCACUUUCACUCAUCUUAUCAACGGCCUGAAGGAGCAGAAGCUCGCAUACCUACAUUUGGUCGAGUCUAGAAUCCAAGGCAACGCCGAUGUGGAGUCGACUGAGAAGAUUGACUUCGCUAUUGAGGCCUGGGGCAAGACCUCUCCUAUUCUGGUUGCUGGCGGUUUCCGCGCUGACAGCGCUCGCCGUGCCGCUGAUGAGGAAUACACCGACAAGGACAUUAUUAUCGUCUUUGGCCGAUACUUUAUUUCCACUCCCGACCUGGUGUACCGCAUCAAGGAGAACAUUCCACUUGCCGAUUAUGACCGCGACACCUUCUAUGCCGCCAAGAGCGAGAAGGGUUACACCGACUAUCCCUUCAGUGAGAAGUUCCAGAAGGAGGCCAAGCUGUAGAUGUGGUUUCAGACAAUUUUUGCUGUCCGAGAUACCAUUAGAUGUUUGACAGAUUCAUACCUAGACUACUAUAGAGCUCCACGAUUGAACGAC